AGUAUGCUUGAUCAGGAUCACCAAAGAAGCUCUGACUUUCGUCACAAAACACUGAUCCAUCCGCUAGAUGGCCUAUCUCAGACAUGGAACUGCUUUGAACAGAUAACGGCCCCCAGUUCUCAGUCGACUAAUUAUGGUGAAGCUCUUCUCACAUCAAGGCAAUUUGAUGCUCCGCGAAAUGUUCACAACGAAGCUGUCAUUUUCUCCACGGGCUUGCAAGAAAUUUCGGCGGAUUUGAUAUCGGAGCCAUCAGGACAGCUUAAUUCUCUUAAACAACCCACCGCUCUAUGUCAAUCUGGUAUACGGAGUCAAAUCGAUUCAGCAUUUGGCACAGAUAAAACUCAUGAACCUCUUAACUCUAGAAGGCAUGCAUUUAUAUAG